ACACCACACGCUACAUACUGCAACACCACGUAACACCGGUCGGAUUUGGCCAUAAUUUGGCGGUUCAGAACAGCUGUACCACAGGAAAAAUGCUGAGUGUGUGUCGCCCGACCAUUGUCACCAGCUGGCAAAACCUUAUAUUAAAUGGCUUUUGUAAAAGAGCGGGAGUACGUUCAUUGUCAUCUGUGGUAGCUGUACCAUGUCCCCCGGAAUUCCCUUUGGAGAACGAGCCCGUUCUUGGCUAUGCGAAGAAGAGCCAGGAACGGACAGACCUGCUUGCAGCUCUGAAAAAGAUGAGCGGUGAGAUUGAAGAAAUACCCAUUGUUAUUGGUUCAGAAGAAUUCAAAACUGAUAUAGUCAAGUAUCAAGUUAUGCCUCACGAUCAUGGGCACAAAAUAGCAAAGUUCUACUAUGCCACUCCAGCCUUGGUUCAGAAAGCUAUCGAUGUUGCUGUGAAAACACAGCGAGAAUGGGAAAAACACCCGAUCGAUGACCGGCUGAAGAUCUGGCUAAAAGCUGCAAAUCUCAUGCAGAAUAAAUAUAGACAACAAUUGAAUGCAGCCACCAUGCUCGGACAGAGUAAAACUGUCAUUCAGGCCGAAAUCGACAGCAGUGCCGAACUGAUAGAUUUCUUUAAAAUAAACGGUUACUUUCUCAAAGAAGCAAUCAAGUAUAAGCCAAUCUCACCGAAUGAAGAGGAGACUCUGAACUCUAUGAGAUAUCGAGGAAUGGAUGGAUUUGUCGCCGCUAUUUCUCCUUUCAACUUUACUGCCAUUGGCGGAAAUCUCAGUUACACCCCAGCGCUAGUGGGCAAUGGCGUCCUAUGGAAGCCUUCGGACACAGCUAUGCUCUCAAACUGGUGGAUAUUCAAGAUUUGUAAGGAGGCUGGCGUGCCUCCAGGAGUCGUGAAUUUCAUCCCCUGUGACGGACCCGUAUUUGGGGAUACUAUAACUGCCUCGCCGCAUCUUUCCGGCAUAAAUUUUACCGGCUCUGUUCCAACGUUUAAUAGACUGUGGACUCAAGUUGGAAACAAUAUAAACAAGUACAAAAAUUAUCCAAAAAUGAUUGGGGAAUGCGGUGGCAAGAACUACCACUUCAUUCAUCCUAGUGCCGACGUUACCUCUGUUAUUUUUGGAACGAUCAAAAGCGCUUUUGAAUACAGUGGUCAAAAGUGUUCGGCGUGUAGUAGGAUGUACGUUCCUCAAUCUUUAUGGGAGAAGAUUAAGAGCGGUCUCCUCGAGGUUCGAGAUAAGUUGAAAAUUGGGGAUGUUCAAGAUAUGACUUCAUUCACCUCUGCUGUGAUCGAUCGCAAUGCCUUCAAGAGAAUCCGCGGCUACAUAGAACAUGCCAAAAAAUCUCAGAAUACAGAGAUAAUCGGCGGUGGUACAUAUGACGAUACACUCGGUUAUUAUGUACAACCAACGAUUAUCGUCACAAAGGAUCCAAAGGACAAAUUGAUGACUGAAGAAAUCUUUGGCCCUGUAUUAACAAUCUAUGUAUACAACGAUGCAGACCUUGAGACCACCCUGAAACUGGUCGAGUCCUCCACACCAUACGCUUUGACGGGAUCAAUAUUCUCUACAGACCUGGAAUGGGCGAGGUACGCUCUAGAGGAGCUCAAAUACACCGCAGGAAAUUUUUACGUGAACGAUAAAUCGACAGGAUCCGUGGUAGGACAGCAACCAUUUGGUGGCAGUCGUAUGUCUGGUACCAAUGACAAAGCUGGUGGUCCGCACUAUGCUUUACGUUGGGCUUCGCCACAGGCUAUAAAGGAAACAUUUGUACCGCUCACAACGUAUGACUAUGAGUACAUGAGAUCCUAGACGCAGUGCGUCCAAUAUUAUCAAAGAAGGGCGACCGGUGGUACGUCUAAACAAUUAUCCCGUAUUAUGAUUUGAUGCAAAGUUAAGAUAGUUUUAAUUAAUCGUAACUUCGCGGCGACAAGAUUACGACUUUUUAACCCUGAACUGUUUUUUACAUUCAAUGUUUACUGUGUACGUUCAUACAUAGAGCAGAGCGUCGGAGCUUCAAGUCUUUAGCAAAUUAUUAUUUUUAAUGUCGUCUGGACGAAUUUUACUAUGGACUUUUGAGGGACAGACGAGCUAUCGAACCCGAUUAUCCGAGCAACGCGUACCAAACAGGUCCAACAACGUAACAUGUAAGUUACUUUUACAGUACAUCAUUGACACACCAAUUCGUACACGCCAUUAUUUAUACAUUAUUUAUCAGAUAUGUAAAUACAUACAUAUGUUUGUGAGUCUGUAAAGUUGUUAAAUUCAAAUAAUUCGGCCGUUCGUAUUACGGUUGAUUAUUUUUUCAUCCGUGAGUUUAUACCUAUAGUGUGAAAAAUGAUCGUGUGCUAGAAAUGAACAUUUCACAUUCAAAAAUGAUAUUUAGUAUCAGUAACAACAAAUUGUGUUUCUACUUAUACAUAUAUUAUUUAUUUAUGUAUACCCACGUGUUCGUCAUCUGUAUAUAUUAUACAUCUAAUAACUGAUGUUAUUAUCCCUGUACCUAACAUAGGUAUAAAAAAUUUUUUUGGGUAAUAACAAAGUUAAAUUAAAACAGCGUAACAUCUUUACAAAUCUCACAAAAUAUUUUUAAUGAUUGAAUUGAUAGUCAUAAUUAUAAUUACUCUAAGGGUAUAGGUAAUUAAAUAAAUACGAACUGCUCAUCAUUUUUAAGGUUGAUCUUUUUUGUCGUAUAUUCUGAAAGCAUCUGGUCAACAUUUGUACAGAGGGGGGAUAAUAUCUUCAUCCAUUUUUAAUCUCUCUUAUAAUAAUCAACUCAAUGAUUACAGCAAUCGAGACAUUCAGCGCGAACGUGAUUGCGAUGAUUAAGUAAAAACCUAAAUAAUAAUACGAAUAUAAAUAUUCUACACAAUUAAAUGCGCUCGUGUACUCCGAUCGCUUAGGACCUACUACAUCGGUGUCAGAAUAGCAGGACCCUUAUAAUUAAUAUCGUUAGCUAUGGUCGGUUAUUAAUAAUUAGCAAGGGAUGUAUACAUAAGUAUAUUAUGUUCUUCGAUUAAAAUAUAUAUUUUUAAUUACAUGCAAAAGACGCGCUGGCUAUUCCAAACGAGGAUUAAAAAAAAAUAAUAGUAGUUAAAAAAAAAA